UUUUCCUCUCUUCUUUAUUUACUUAUUUUGUAUGCGACUCUCUCUCACUGCUGCUGUGUAUGGGAAUCACUAGCUGUUUGUGAACGAACAAAUACAAGAGGACACCGAAACACUCUUUUUUUCUUUAUCGUUUCGUUGGUCACAGAUUUUCUUUUGUUUUUCACUUAUCAUUCCGUUUUGAGAAUGAAAUCGUAGUUUAUUGUGCAUCUGAUGAUGGAAUUAAUGUGCAUUAGUUAAAAAAUCGAAUGUAUUGUGUGUGUAUAAAAGGGUGAAAGGGAGUUGAAAAACGAAAAAAAAACUAGGCAGAUAGUUUUAUUAGGCAUACCAAUAACAAGGCAGUGUGUGAUGAAAAAUGGCUCUCAAGAAAGUUAAAGGAAACUUUGAGCGAAUGUUCGACAAAAAUUUGACGGAUUUAGUGCGUGGCAUUCGAAAUAAUAAAGAAAAUGAGGCCAAAUAUAUUGCGCAAUGUAUGGAAGAGAUCAAGCAAGAGUUGCGCCAAGAUAACAUCAACGUGAAGUGCAAUGCUGUGGCUAAGUUGACAUAUAUUCAAAUGCUUGGCUAUGACAUUUCUUGGGCUGGAUUUAACAUCAUUGAAGUAAUGAGCUCGCCUAAGUUUACACACAAACGUAUCGGUUAUCUAGCAGCCUCACAAUGCUUUCAUGCCGACAGCGAACUUUUGAUGCUUGCCACGAACAUGAUACGAAAAGAUUUAAACUCACAAAAUCAAUACGAUGCUGGCGUUGCACUCAGUGGCCUAAGUUGCUUCAUAUCAGCCGAUUUGUCUCGAGAUUUGGCCAAUGAUAUUAUGACUCUGAUGAGCUCAACCAAACCAUAUCUUCGUAUGAAAGCCGUUCUAAUGAUGUAUAAAGUAUUUUUACGAUAUCCUGAAGCAUUGCGUCCAGCCUUUCCUAAAUUAAAGGAGAAAUUAGAAGAUCCAGAUCCAGGUGUGCAAUCGGCAGCUGUGAAUGUGAUUUGUGAAUUGGCCCGAAAGAAUCCGAAGAAUUAUCUUUAAUUGGCACCAAUCUUCUUCAAACUCAUGACAACAUCAACCAACAAUUGGAUGCUCAUCAAGAUUAUCAAAUUGUUUGGUGCAUUGACUCCAUUAGAGCCUCGCAUAGGAAAGAAAUUAAUAGAACCGCUUACCAAUCUUAUCCAUAGUACCUCGGCUAUGAGCUUGCUGUACGAAUGCAUAAACACGGUGAUUGCUGUUUUGAUCAGCAUUAGCAGCGGAAUGCCGAAUCAUACGGCAUCUAUUCAAUUAUGUGUCCAGAAAUUACGAAUACUCAUCGAAGACUCUGAUCAAAACUUGAAAUACCUUGGCCUUUUGGCAAUGUCCAAAAUUCUGAAAACCCAUCCAAAGUCCGUGCAAGCACACAAAGACUUCAUAUUGGCGUGCCUGGACGAUAAAGACGAAUCGAUUCGUUUGCGAGCACUGGAUUUGCUGUACGGCAUGGUAUCGAAGAAGAAUCUUAUGGAAAUCGUUCGACGAUUAUUGGGACACAUGGAACGAGCCGAAGGAUCGACGUAUCGAGAUGAACUGCUGUUUAAAGUCAUUGAGAUUUGCUCGCAAGGUUCAUAUCAAUAUGUCACAAACUUUGAAUGGUAUCUGACCGUUUUAGUGGAAUUGAUCCAGUUGGAAUCGGGCUCAAAGCACGGAAGUGUAAUUGCAACUCAAUUACUUGAUGUGGCCAUCCGGGUGCAAGCUGUACGUGCAUUUGCUGUUUCCGAAAUGACAUCGUUGCUGGAGAGCUUCCCGACCACAAGUCAAAAUGAAUCUAUGUACGAAGUAUUGUAUGCAGCCGCAUGGAUUGUUGGAGAGUUCUCGAAUGAGCUAAAUGCACCGGAGAAGACGUUGAAUAUUUUGUUGAAACAACGUUCGUUGCCGGGCCAUAUACAGGGAGUUUACGUGCAAAAUAUUUUGAAACUUUUUACACGAAUCGUGACCGGACUACUGGAGCGUAACGAUGUCAAUAAAAUUGUAACUCUAUGCAAUUUGCUGCUGAAGAGGCUACCGGUCUUCAUCAGUUCGGGACAUAUAGAAGUGCAGGAACGAGCCAGUUCAGCGUUUAUUCUUGUUCAGAUGUUGCGCGAGCAAUUCCCUUCAAAUGAUCCAGAGCUACAGGAUGCUGAUAGCAUCUUAGUGAUGACCGAACGGCCAGAGAAUCCAAAAGAGGAUGAUAUGCAAUCCAUUCCAAUUGGCGCAAUUGAAAUCGUUCAGGAGAUGGCAGUACUAUUCGCCGGUGAUUUGAAUCCAGUUGCGCCAAAAGCGCAGAAAAAAGUUCCGUUACCCGAUGGAUUAGAUUUGGAUGUAUGGAUUAAUCCACCGCCAGCUGAAAGCAGCGAGUCCAGUGAUGAAGAACAAACCGAUCUGUUUGUAGCGAACGACGAAACGGAACAAAAACGACCAGCAAAAUCCGAGUUUACGCACGAGGAAAUGGAACAGAUGCGAGAAGCACGCCGAAUCGAUCAAAUUCACAAUCCAAAUUACUUGAAAUCAAAAACAGCGAAAAAGAAUAAAAUUGAGGAGCAUAGCGACAAUAUCGAAGACAUUCCAAUUCAGGAGAUAACUCUUGAUAUUCCCAUCCAAAUAACGUCUACAAAACGCUCGGAUAAAUACCUUGCCGAACAAAAGAAGCGAACUAAAAAAGAGAAGUCGCAUAAAAAGAGCAAAAAGAACAAAAAAUCGAAGCACAGGGAUAUUAGUAGCGAGUCUGAAGAAGAGCCUGCACCUUUGCACGUAGUCAGCUCAUUGAUUGAGAUGCCCGAAGGAGCCAGUAUCUCCGAUACAGACGAUAAGGAUCCAAAUGAAAUGGAUGAUCCACAUCGAGCGCUCGAUAUUGAUUUAGAUAUACCGCUUCGAGGUGACGAGGUCCUGCCAAAGCAAAGCUACAAUAAGGUGAUUAAAGAUGCUUCGUUGAAGACAACUUCAAAUAGUCACGAAUCAAAAGAGAUUGGCGAAAGCAAAUCCAAAUCAAAGAAGUCAAAGACGCACAGCAGCUCCAAAACAAAAGAGAAACCCAGUGAAAAUAACGAAAAAUCCGGCCACAAGAAGAAGAAGAGCAAACCAACUAAAAGUGAAAAUGGCGAUGUAGAUUUACUGGGAACGCCGGUCAAGGAAACCAAGGAAAAGUCCAAUAAAAAAGAGGAAAAGGAGAAGAAAGAGAAAAAAUCAUCGAAAAGCAAGAAAUCGAGCAUCGGUGAAUCAAAAUCCGGCUACGAAGAAGCUUUGGGCAUUUCAACUCCCAGCAAAGAGGUGUACUAGACAGACACUUUAGUGAAUAUCAUUCGUUUUGAGAUUAUUCAGAGUCCAAUAAUGUUGCAAAAAAAGAGUCAAAGAAAUGUUUGAAAUGUGAUUGAAUUUACUAAAAUGUCGUCAAAUGGAACAUGCUUUUAUUUAUAUAUCUGGAGUUUCAGCAAAAAACCACGACACAAUUUACGAUAACAAUUCCAUGCCUUCCGUUUUGAAUCGCAUCAAAUGCCUAUCAAUUAGUAAACAUUGAACAAAUGUAACGGCUAUAAAAAGAAACAAAACAAGAACCCUUUUGUUGUAAGAAAUUUAUAUUGAUGAACAAAAAGAAACAAAAUCCAAUUGAUUAAAGUCAAUGGCCAAAAACGAAACUUGUUCAGUGAAUUAAACGAACGGAAUAAUCUAGUGAGGAAUUUAGUUUAAUAAGCUUGUAGUUAGAAAUUAAUCCGAUCAAUUGAUACACAAAUUAUACGGCCACAUAUGAAAUUAUAACAUUAAAUCACAACACUGAUUAUUUUUAACCAAUUCCUACCCCAUUCUCUAAACCAACAUGUUCUACUUCUCUAUCCCUCUUUUGUUUUCAAUGCUGCAUUGUAGCCCAAGUAACACACAUAUUUCGUUAAUAAAAUGAGCAGAGAAACUAA